CUUAACGCAUCUGCUCAGAAUGACGGCGACCCCAAUAUGCCUGUUGAAGUUAGCGGACUUGAUUUGCAUUGUAAGGAAAAUGCCUCCAUUCAUCGUACCAACCGCUAUGCACUGACGAGCUGUGGGGAAGACUCGAGUUUAGUGGUUCGCCGCGGUCAGGUGAUAAAGGCAAGUUUUGUGUUCAACCGACCGAUCAACUGGGCUACCGACCAGAUAGCCUUAGUGUUCUCCGGCCAAGGCUCGUCAACUUCCGGAAUUCCCAACGAGUUUGCUUUAGGGAUUCCGGCGGAGCUCACUAGCGCUGAACAGAUGCCGCCUAAAGCUAGUGACUGGUCAGUUGCGCUAACUUUUCAUCAAGGCAGAAUCAUUACCGUAGCAGUUCUAUCUCCUCCCGAUACCCCUGUUGGCCUUUACAAGAUUCACUUUGAUAUUCGUCAUGCAGUUUCGAAUUCACAACGUAAGUCUGUUAUGCAGGAGUCAAUCUACAUGCUGUUCAACCCCUGGCACCCAGAGGACCUAGUGUUCAUGAACGACGAGGACUGGCGCACGGAAUAUGUCCUCAAUGACUAUGGCAAGGUGUAUCAGGGCACGUACAACAGUCCUGUUGGCAAAUCCUGGCAUUUUGGCCAAUUUAACCCAAUCGUAUUGCCAACAAUUAGUUAUCUUAUUGAGUUAGGAAAAAUCACUGCUGAGGAACUGCGGAGUCCUGUAGCAAUGACGAGACGCCUUUCAGCUCUAGUUGAUCAGACCGAUGAUGCGGGUAUCCUUCGUGGUCGUUGGGAUAAUGACUACAGCGACGGAGUGUCACCGAUGACCUGGAGCUCUUCAACUUCUAUUCUUGAGAUGUACAUGCGUCGAGGUGGAGCGCCUGUCUACUAUGGCCAGUGCUGGGUGUAUGCUGCUUUGCUAACAACGCUUGCACGCGGGUUGGGAAUUCCUUGCCGGCCAGUCACGAACUUCGAAUCAGCUCACGAUACCGACGGCAAUAUGUGUGUAGAUUCCUAUACUGACGAAAAUGGAACACCCAUCGAAGAAGCCAAUAAGGAUUCGUCUUGGAACUUCCAUCUGUGGAAUGAAGGCUGGAUGAAGAGGCCCGACCUAGGAACUACCGAGUUCGAUGGCUGGCAAGCUUUUGAUGGUACGCCUCAAGAGAAGAGUAAUGGACAAUAUCAGAUGGGCCCAUGUCCAGUCGUAGCCAUACAAAGGGGCCUUGUAGACAUUCAAUACGAUACAAAGUUCGUUUUCGCUGAGACAAACGCCCUUUUUUACGAUUGGGUACGCGAUCGAAGUGAGCCGACUGGCUGGAAGGUGGUUAAGACAAGUCGACAAGCCGGCCUCCUGAUCUUGACGAAAAAGCCGGGUAUGCUGUCACAUCUCGGAUCUGCUGAUGAUGCGGAAGACAUCACUCAAACGUACCGCUGUCCCACGGCAGAGAACCAGCUGGCACACCAGAACCAAAGAAAUGCUAUAAAUUUGAGUCAAGAGGACGUUCAGUACGAGCUCGUGAAGAUAGCUCGUGUGAGAGCCGGCGAUGGAUUCCAGAUUCAAUUGCGAAUCAAGAACGUGUCCUCAAUAUUGAGGACAGUCAACGUGACGAUCUCGGUGUUCUCGCUCGAAUAUACGGGAUCGAUCAGUAAAAUGGUGAAACGCGAAAGGAUCAACGGCGUUAAAAUACCGCCACAGGGGAUAACUCCUUGCUUAGUCAACAUCGCCCUUGAAGAUUAUCAAGUUGCAAUUUCUGAUUUCGGCCUUCUGAAGAUAAUGGCUGGUGCUAAAGUUGUCGAAACGGGGAAAACCUGGGCAGGGCAAUUUACGUUGAAGUUGGGGAUGCCCAAGUUAGAUAUUGUAGCGCAAAGAAAUCCAGCGGUAGCAAGUGAGAUUUUGUACUCGGCGUCAUUUCUCAAUCCGUUGACCAUCCCAUUAACGCAAACCUCGCUUGUCGUCAACAUACCCGGUCUUGCCACUCAUGAACACAUCCGGAACCUGCCAAGCGUACCGGGCCUGGGUCGGUUCACUUGGCAAGGUAAAAUUAUCUCUGAUCGAAUUGAUGAAAAGGUUUUCAUAAUUACAUUUAACUCGGAUAAGCUGUCCGGUCUCGACGGAACGUACUCAGCCAUAUUGUAAGUUGUAUGAGCAGCCGACUCAAGCACAGCAACCUCGUCAUAGUGUGGCUUGUAAUCGUAGAAAUCGUAUGAUCAUAGAAUUCAGCACAUGCACUGAAAAUAUCUUUUACACUAGCCUGGGUGCACCGAAACACUGUCAGACUCAUAAGAUCUUCUUUGCGUUCAAGCAGAGUUGCAGUGUUGGACGCCAUGAUUUUCGGCCAGGAAGAAGGUUUAUUUGACGUCUGAACAGCGUGGGAGGUUUAUGUUGUACGCGUAGCAUUACAAAGUACACCUAAUAAAUGCGUAUGACAAGAUAAAGACAAUUCUCAAUCAAAUCUCGCACUGCUAACGAUUCAUUUCACGCUCGACCUGUUCGCCUGCAGCUGGUUUUCACAAUUAAACAUCAAAAUCUGUUUUGUUACAUUAAUUUAACUAGUACGAACAAUUUCAUCAGACUUUAUAAUUGUUUCUAAUACGUUCGCAAAACAAAUGUUACAAGAACACCCGUACGCCGCAUAGAAAAUGAGUUGGUGUAGGGGCAAGUAUGACACCUCUAGGAUAUGUUGAAAGCAGAUAAACGUACAAAAUAUACUAUUCGUAUAAAAAAUUAACAUUAUAACUACCAAUUAUCAUUACUACAAUACGAUUGAACAAAAUAACACAUGCGGUGUUACGUGUUAUUAACGCGAGCGUUUGUGUUAUUUGCCAAACGUU